GGGACGGUGUUGUUGAAAGCAUUUUGGAUGGAGCUUAUGUUCAGCUGCUUUCUGAAACUAAUUUACAAUGCCAUGCUGUUCUCGGUGCCAGAACUAUUGCGCCGGUUGAUAUUCUUUGUCAAACAUCCUAAGGAUGAAAUCUGGAAAGGUUAUCUUUUUGCCGCGUUGUUGCUGAUGGCUUCCAUGAUCCAGACCAUGUCUAUUGGACAUUAUUUCCAUCGGUGCAAUAUUUUGGGAUUACGAAUACGCACGGCGUUGAUGAGCGCGGUCUACCGAAAGAUUUUGCGCACCGGGCCGUUUACACGAAGUGAAGCAAAUGCAAAACAAUUCCAGCCGACUAACCUGAUCUCGGUGGACGCGCAGCGGAUUAUGGAUUUAUCAUCAUUUAUAAAUCAGUUAUGGGAAGUGCCACUUCAGAUCGGCAUUUCCAUGUACCUGUUGCAUAAUGUUUUGGGUGCAUCAGCAUUUGCUGGAUUGGGUGUUAUGGUUUUGAGUAUCCCCAUUGAAGUCGGCAUUGCAGUGUGGAGUAAGCGACUUCAGGUUAAACAAAUGGUGGUAAAAGACGCUCGUGUACGGUUAACUGGCGAAGUCUUUCGGGCGAUCAAACUUUUAAAACUCCACGCGUGGGAAGGAAUUUACGAAAAACGAAUAUUUCGAUUUCGUUCUGACGAGUUGAAAACAUUGCGAGCGAUAGCGUAUCUUACCGCGUUCUCUACCUUUUAUUCCAUAACAUCACCUUUCAUUGUGGCUUUAGCAACGUUUGCUUGCUACGUGUUGGCCGGUCAUGUUCUGGACAGUGAAGAGGCGUUUGUUGCCAUCGCUGUUUUUAACAUCUUAAAAAAUCCGAUGAAUAUGCUUCCCCCUACUAUCGGAAACGUCAUUCAGGCAAUGGUGGCGAAAACGCGCCUCACGAGUGCACUUAAUGCUGACGAACCCAAACCUUACGUGUCCGGCGUAAGUACCGGCAAACAACAGCCCGCCAACUACAGUACAGCCGUCACAAUUCGUAACGGUUAUUUCGCAUGGUCAGCCGAGCCGGGUCAUGAGUGUUUGUCGAAUAUCAACCUGGAAAUCCCAGCCGGCAAGCUAGUCGGUAUUGUGGGCCAAGCCGGAUCCGGAAAAACCGCCCUAUGUCGCGCCUUACUAGGAUUGAUGAAUCGGCGAUCGGGAACCGUUGAAUCAGCGGAAUCAAUCGCAUACAUGCCGCAACAAGCAUGGCUUCAAAGCCGGUCAAUCAAAGACAACAUUUUAUUUGGCCGGCCAUUUCAAAAGUCUGCCUACCAAACCGUUGUGCAGGAUUGCGCUCUUGAAGAGGAUAUUGAAUCAUUCCAAGAACGGGAUGAAACUGUGUUAUCGGAUCAAGGUUCAAAUUUGAGCGGAGGACAGCAGCAGCGGCUAUGUUUAGCGCGAACUGUUUACGGUCAUGCAGAAGUUUUUGUACUUGACGAUCCUCUCAGCGCCUUGGACGCAAAAGUCGCGAAGUAUGUAUUCGAAAACGUUCUUGGACCAACGGGACUAAAGGACAAAACGAGGAUUGUCGUCAUGAACGGUUACCACUUCCUCCCGUAUAUUGACCACUUGGUUGUUCUGGAGGACGGUCACAUCUCCGAAUCCGGGUUUUUCCAAGACCUCCUGCACUCUGGUCCCUUUGCCGAAUUUAUUCAAACCCAUCUGCGCAAUGAAAUUGAAGCGCUGCACGUCGACCCGGCUUUGGAUCCUGUGGAAGCCGAUCACCGCAAGAAGACGCUGGACGAAGUGGUACAGAAGCUUCCGCGUAGUAUGAAAACAUCCCUGCGCGAGCAUCGUCGCAGUCUGAUCGCAUCACGAAGACCUCAGCGACUAGCCUCGCAAAUUUCCCGCGUCGACUCAUUGGAAGAUCUCAGCAGUCGACUGAAACAGGUGCAGCAAAAAGGGGAUAAAGGGAGCAAGGGAUCCGACGCGGGUCUUCAUGGAAAAGAAGGAAACGGUGUGAAACGGGCCAGUUGGCUGGUGUACGGCCCGUUUAUACGCACGGUGACCUUACGGAUAACCAUGUUGAUAUUGCUGACCAAUGCGGCAUCCACGGCGUUUUCCGUAUCAACGAGUAAUGCGGCAUCCACGGCGUUUUUAUCACCGCUGUGCACAGCGGUGAUAAAAAUGAUCACACAGCCAAUUAGUUCCAGUCUUAAUGAUAACCACCUGCAAUCCAUAAAAAUUCAAACACAAAUAGGUAAAUAUACAUAACAUUUACGAAAUGGACGGUGACCUUUGAGCAACCAAGCUGAGCAACCGAUAAGCUUGGAUCAUUCCCGAUUCCCGUCCGCCUCCUGAAUGGCCGGCAUCGGGUGCAAUUCAGUUUACCAACUACAAAUGUCGUUACCGUCCCGGUUUGGAUCUUGCAUUAAAAGGAUUAUCCUGUGAUAUUCUUCCCCGUGAAAAGAUAGGAAUCGUUGGGAGAACCGGUGCCGGUAAAAGCUCAUUGUCACGGGUAUAUUUCGCAUCGUUGAACCCAGUGAAGGCUCGAUUAUCCUGGAUGGUGCUGACGUUUCGAAGAUCGGUCUGCAUGACUAAUUGCGAUCGCGGUUAACAAUAAUACCACCGGAUCCGCUCUUGCUCAGUGGAUCAUUACGGGAAAAUCUUGAUCCAUCUGGAAAAUGCUCGGAUGACGCCGUGUAGAGUGCAACAAGGUCAUAAUUAUUACCGAUCAUCCCUUCAAGUCUUCGAAAACUUAAAAAACAGAAUAACCUGCAUCUGUGCGUUUGAAUGGGAAUACCGGCAUACCUGAGAUUACUUCCUCCUUCGCUCACAGGCCGGAUGCAUUAGUCCGCCUUGCAGACUUCGUACAUAGUGUUUCAAGUGCGCUGCUUC